AUGAAUUCAACCUCGAAUCCUCCAACCGCAGGAUUCUCUAGACAGUCGGGAGUGACGCCAAUUGACGGGUCGUUGAUGGACGGGCAGAUAGCAUUUGACGACCUUGUUGCGCCGAUGGCGACCCUAUCCCUGUACGGCUCUGCGCUUUCGCGCACCUCAUCCGCAUCUGCACCUGCGCCGGACGCCGCCGCACCCGCUGCAUCUUCACCAACGUCUUCCGUUGUGCGCGCCGACUCCCCAGUGCGCGCAUCCGCGCCCUGCGUCAGAAUAUCCAACAUUCCAGCGGACACCUCGUUGCGCGAGGCGUACUUGGUGUUUUCGCUCUGCAUUGACGAGAUCACGUACGUGAAUAUCGUCAGAGAGCGCGGCACUGACGAUGCGCAGCGCACCGCCGAUGGUUCGCUUGACGGCGCAGCGCCAGUUAUUUUGGCGUACUUUGCGUCCGACAAGACUGCGCAGCAGGUUGCGCAGCUUCUAGACAGCCGGCGGCUCUUUGGCUCGUCGCACGGUUCAGUUGCCGUCGAUUACCUGGACGGCACACAUCCGCGUUCUGUUCAGCAGCGCACGCAAGCGCAGCAUGCAUCGCAUGCUCAGUCUGCGCCACAGGCGCACCAGCGCACUCAGCAGAGCCAGUUCUUGCAAGGGCCGCCCGUGCCGCAGAAGGCUAUGCUGAGCGGCAAGUCGCGCAUGCUUUUUGGCGGCCUCGACCCUGCGCCAGCUGCAUCUGCGCCAACAUCCGCAUCCUCAUCCUCCGGCUCCAGCAGCGGCCGCAGCUCUGCGCCAAACUUGUUCCUGCACCAGCCGCAGCUUGCGCAGCGCCCGGAACCUAGCCAGUCCUUCAGCGCACAGAGUGUCUUGAGCAGUUUGACUUCUCCAAUUGUGACUUCAUCCGGGCGCAACGUGCUCAUGUUGGACCAGUACGAUCACAUGAUGCAUCCGUGGGCAAACGGCAAUACGCCGGUUGGGUCGCCGGUAUCCGCAUCUGCGUCACAGACGCCGCUUUCCGUCAAUACGUCACUUGCGGGCGUAGGCGCGCUAUCCGCAUCCUCGACGCCGCUAUCCGCAACCUUCGGCGCUGCCGAGUGGGACCGCCGUGCGCACCCCUUUUUAGCCGCAGAUCACCGGACCUCUCAAUCGAAGGGUCUUUCGCUGGGACAAGGCAUGGGUGCGCUUGGCGCCGACCUGCUUUCUAUGCCAGGCGCGCAGCCGCAGAGCCGCGCAGCGCAGAUGCCGCAGUUGACGUCGCCGGCACGCCUGGACGCGCAGCAGCGUCAGCGCCAGCAGGCCAAGCAGCAGCUGCAGGUGCAGAUUCCGCCAGCGCAGGGACAGCAAGCGCAGCAGGCGCAACAGGUGCAACAGGUGCAACAAGCGCAGCAGGAGCAGGACGCACUGGGCGGCUCGCCGCAGCUGGGCAUGGCGGAGCGCGGUGCGCCAAAACAGCUCCCGCCUGCGCAGACAGCGCUGGAGCAGCAGCAGCAGCAGCAGCUCAUCCCAGAACUAUCGCUGCUCUCGCGCAUCCCGCCGCCUACCAACCCAGCAGACCAAAAUCCUCCUUGCAACACUUUGUACGUGGGCAAUUUGCCGCCAGAUGCCACCGAACUCGAGCUCAGAGAGCUGUUCCAGCCGCAGAAAGGCUUCAAGCGCCUCUCGUUCAAAAACAAGCAGUCGAAUGGCAACUCGCACCAUGGCCCAAUGUGCUUUGUGGAGUUUGAGGAUGUCGCGCAUGCCACCAGGGCGCUAGCCGAGCUGUAUGGGCGCACUCUUCCGCGCUCGGGCAGCAAUGCUAAGGGCGGAAUUCGCCUUAGUUUCAGUAAGAAUCCACUUGGGGUGCGUGGACCAGGAUCCAGCAGAAGAGCCAGCGCACCCAACCAGUACAGGGGCGGCGCUGGCGCCGGCGGCUACUCCAAUUACUCCGGCGGCAAUUACGGCCAGUACUCAUACGCGCGGGGAAAAUGA